UUUACUAUAAAUCUUUGAAGACACUUUAAAGGGCAAGUGAUCAAAAAUUUUGAUAAUCUGUCCUAAAUUAUUUAAAAAAAAGGUUACUACUGUUAAAUUCCCUUAUUUUUAAUUGUGAAUUUUCGACUUGCAAUAUGAGUUUAUUGAAGUCAUCCCUGAAAACUGGUAUACAAACGGUGCGACCAUUUUUCGUUCGUAGUGCCGUCACAGGUUUAAAAGGAAUAAGUGUACGUCUCAGCCAUGAUCACGGCAAACCGUUGGUUCCUGUCAAUCCAGCACCCAAUGAUCACUUGAGCUUUAAAGUCGUGACUUUGGAUGAUUUACCAAAACCCGAAUUGGAUUAUUAUGAAGAUUAUAGGGCGAAACAAAAGAAAUACUGGAUGCAUUUCUUCUUCGGAACGGGAUCUUUGAUCGCAACUUUAUACUAUAUGUGGGCAUAUGAACCUAUUUUCUUCAACGCUUUUCCGCCUGAAUUACCACCCAAAGAAGAAAGAAUUAAAAGCUUCUGGGAUGCCCCUGAUGAUGAUGAUGACGAUGAUUAGUCAUUCAAAAAAAUGUUACUUGUUUUUUUAGAUGAAUAUGUUGCUUUGUAUAAUAAUAAUAAAUAUAAAAAUAAUGUACGGUAAA